AUGAUCAAGCGCGGCUUUGCCCGUGGUUGCAGCAUUGUCCUGUGCUGGUCGCUGCUUGUAGUUCGGCAGCUUGUGGAUGUGCGAAGUGUGCUGUUACCGCAAAGAAAGGUAGUCCCACGCUACAUGCGUGUUCUCGGCGAGGCGAUCGAAGAAUGGGCGGAGUACUCAAGGCUGCUACCGCGGUAUGGGCUCAUUCUCAACAGGGCUUCCAAAGAAUGCUGGAUUGCUUCUCGUGCAGCCCCAGUGGUUGAAAAACACCGAAAGAAGUGGAUCGAAUGCUCGCCAGAACACAAGAAGCGCAUAGUGGACUCGCAUGUGGAUAUGAUGGUAGAUUGCUUUAACAUUUUGACAGAGAUCUGCGAGGAUACUUCAGGUAACUACCAGCUAGACGACGCAAUCUACUCCGACCUGCAGCAAGCAUGCCGGAAUGCCCUUGGUAACGAUGUCGUUCUUGAAACUGUAGGGUCUCGAGCUCGAGCGACAUGCGGCUGGUCAAACAUCGACCUCGACGUCGACAUUCAAGUUUCGAGAGAUGCCAAGAGUAGUCGUGCCAAUGUACCAUUUACGGACUCCGACAAAAAAAAGGUAGCGCAUGAGCUGAAAAAGUUGGAGCUUGUCUCAAACAUCACAAUUGGCAACGUGGCAAUCAAGUUCCGAAUUUGGACAAUGGACUUCGAUCUUGUGCUGUGGAGGGAUAGGCCUGAAAUGUUCCCUGCACUUCGUGGAGGGCGCGAUUUCUAUCGAAAUUCUGCUGGGAUCAACGCCUUCUUUGAUGACGUGCGAGCAGCAAAGGCUGCUGCCCGAGGGUUGAGGCAUUUUCUGCCGAAGAGAUACCGACCAAAAGGAAUACUGCUUGAUGCAAUCACCUGGAGAGUGGCAAGCAAUGGGCGCUUUCGGCUGGCGCAGGGAGGGACACCUAUGAGGCAUGGAGCAAUCAAUUUGUUCCUGACGGUAAUGCAGGAGCUGGUUGAUUGGGAAAAUUCAUGCUUUGGAAGUGACUUGAUGCAUGAUCUGUCGCUGAUGUCCGAGCGGGAGAGGCAAAAAUACAUGCCGGGAUUGACAAACAUGUACACCGUCGAACUAGACGUCUUCUUGUACGAGAUACUGACCACUACCUUUUGCCACAUAAUCCUACAGCAGUACGAGGACGACCUAGAUCUUCUUGACAACGAGGCGUUCUUCACUGGAAGAUGUGAAGCGAUGGAUCGUUUGCGUGGAUUGUAUGAGCAGGCGUUCUCUGAGUAG